GGGUUUCUUCAUGGUCAAGGAGGCCAUGCAUUCCGCCGCAACUCUGUGCUCAAUAUGGCCUAAUCAUUCCUCUCCCAACCAUGUUUUACACCGAAAUGUUAACGACACCUUUUCCCUGCCAGACCCUCUUAUAAAGCAAUGCUUUCUCGCUACAGACCGACUUAACAAUGCACCUCACUUCCCUGGAGUCGAGUGCUGCUCGCUUUCCUUCCUCUGUCAUCUUCAAAACACCCAUCCUCGAUGGAAGCGGCUCGUUGGUCAACUGGAACUCGAUUACUUACAGUCAAUUCCACGGCGAUGUCUUGCUGUAUGCGCGAUACUGGGCCAAGGUUCUUGGACAUGAUCGGAUUCCCCAACGAUCCGUCGUAGGACUUUGGAUUGGUGGGUACACCUAUCAGGAUGUACUUCACAUAUACGGACUCUCUCGAGCUGGAUACAUUCCUCAGCUCUUCAGCCUUCGACUCCCUAACCCAGAUGUUAUCUUUGAACUUCUCCACAGAGCUCAGGCCCGCGCUCUGAUCUGCGAUCAAGCGUUUCACUCUGUCCUGCAAGGCCGGCCCGUGCCCGUUCACGUUGCUUCUCCCGUUUCAAAAUCCGAUGUUUCGACCGACCCACUACCUGAACUUCCCGUCGUACCUAGUGACGCAAUCGCCUUUUUGUUCCAUACUAGUGGGUCCACUUCGGGGAGUCCGAAGCUUGUUCCUUGUACUUACCAGUGGUUGGACGCCACCUUGCUCAAAUCGGGUCAAGUAGCUACUCCACGAGUUUCUUCUCGUCAAGAUGUUGUUACUUGGAUGGGAAGUAUGUGUCACAUUGCACAAACAUUCAUGCUCAUGGGGUACAUACAACACGGCUCGUGCGUGGUUCAACCUACUACUAUCUCAUUCUCCUCGGAGGAGCUCAUGGAUAUGAUUCAUCAUUGUGGCUUGAAUCGGUUGAAUCAGUUCGCUGCUUUCCUUGCAAUGCAGCUACGUUCGUCCCGCAAUAACCCCAAACUUCUAUCCAUGUUAGCCGAUCUGGAUGAGGUCCUAUACGGCGGCAUGCCCCUUCCCCAAGAGGAACAAGAAUGGGCUCUCAGAAACAACAUCAACCUCAGGAAUCUGUUUGGUAGCACAGAGUGCGGAGCGACUCUCGUGUCUGUGGGAGGUUCUGGGGCAGAUGCCAAUCUCCUUCGCCCUUUGGAGGGUGUGUCGUACAGUUUUGAACCUGUUCAUCCGUCUUCUGAAGGAGCUCAUCAAUCCACGGGAAGAAUAUUCGAGUUCAUCGUCCGCGCUGACUCCCGGGACUGCCCUCAUCCGACCUUGCGACACAGCGACGGACAUUUUCACACCGGAGACUUCUUCCACGAAGUUUCCCCAGGACUUUAUGUAUUCCGAGGUCGAGCCGACGAUUGGAUUAAGUCUGAAAAUAGUUUAAAAUGUGAUGCAAAAGCCAUCGAAGACAAUGUUCGCACUAUGUGCGGUAAUCUGGUUUCUGAUUGUAUUGUCGUAGGCACCGGGCGUCCAUCGCCUGUGCUGUUCGUCGAACCCGGUACCGGUAUGGAUGACGAUAAAUUGAAAAAAGAAAUCAUCAGGAAAACGCGGCAAUUCCACUCGCGCAGAUAUCUCCAUGAACGCAUCACUUCCAUGAACAUGGUCGUUGUUGUUCCUCGGAAUACCUUGCCACGGACCGCCACCAAAGGAAACAUCAGACGCAAAGCGGUCGAAGAUAUCUACAAAGUUCAGUUGGAUCACAUUUAUGGUCUCGUUUAGUGAUACCUCACCUCUGGAGGUCUCGCGGCGGGACAACUGGACCCUUUGGACGUUACCUACUCUGCUGAUAGUAUCAAACCGAGGGAUCCCAAAUCUCGAUGUAGCCAUUUCUUCCCUACAAUUCGUUCACUCAUAUCCAUUUCACUGUAUCAGUAAGUAGCUUUCUUCUCUUCGAUAAGUCAAGGUGCUGGCGCUUUUAUUACCU